AUGCGUCUCCUCGCCCUCCUCCUCGUACCCCUCGCCUUUGCUGCUCCGACCGAGGGGAACCAUCCCGGCAUCAAUGGCCGCGGAGGCAGCACACCCGACAAGGACUGCGUUUGCUCCACCGGCCGUGUGACGUCCACGACCACGGUGUGGAAGACCAUUCCCCAGGCGGCUCAGACCACCACGUCGACGGUUUUCGGCAAUUGCUGGUCCACCAUAACCCAGACGACGACCAAGACUACCACUGUCAAGGACAACAAGACUGUUACCAAGACCACCACCCCCGUCGUCUACGUCACCGACCCCGUCCCAACCAUCACCAAGACCCUCACCAAGACCUACACCCAAUACCAGCCGCAGGGUAAGCGUGCCGCUGAAACCGGAGCGGUUGAGCGCGACCUCACCAACGCGGAGCGCCUCCAGCGCGGCCUCCCCCUCCGUGUCCCCGGUGUUGUGGCCAAGAAGCGUACCUACGGCGCCGGCUGGACCCCUGAAGUGAAGCCUAAGCCAUCGUGCACCCCCACCGUUACCACGAUCUGGACGACUGUCUCUAAGACGACCAAGCCGUGCGUGACUUCCACAGUCAAGGUGACCUCUUGCAAGCCCACGACUACGACUUCUACCAAGACCAAGACCGAGACUGCUUGUGGCAGCACUAUCACCAACAAGGUUACCACAACGUUGACCUCCACAAAGCCGCCCUGCUCCACUUCCACUGUCCUCACCACUGUCAGCAAGACGAUCACCACCACCCAGGGCCGCUCUUAA